GUGCAAGGAGUACAAAAAAAAGUUCCUUUAAUGCAAUGCCUCAAGAAAUGUUCCUUAAUAUGGUAUCGCAUGUGUCAGCAAGCGACAUUGCACUGAUAAAUUGUCGAGCUGUCGUUCCUCUGAGAUUUCCUCGUCGUUCAUCCAUACAACAACCUAAAUAAAAACCAAAUGAAUAUGUGGCAAAUGUAUUUUAUCUCGACCCAGUGAAGGAUACGUGUCUAAUGAUGUUGUGCUACUAAACAGAAAAAGUGAAUGGCGCUUAUGAUUAGACUUUUUUUUUCUUGGCUGCUCACAAAACCAUGAUCAAAGAAAAAUAUUGUGUAGCUACGUCGAGCCGUAAUUAGUUUAAUUAUGCCUCCAGUUCUCCAACAUGCCAGUGUUUUGUGAAACAGCAAACAACCGCUAAUGUUACAUCGGAAGUUUAAAAAAUGCCUACUAAACUGUUGCUGUGGUGACAACUGUGCCGGUAUGAGUUGGCCUAUGCCGGGUACCACUAUCUGGUCCGCAAGUGCGGCACUGGAUUAAUCGGUAGAAAAAGAAAAAAAAACCGGAUAAAUACAUCCAUAAUCCGGGGGCUGACCGCCAUCAAGUGCGCCGCGUGUUGAAUUGAACGAUAUAUUUUCUGUCUACAGAAAAAAAGGGAAAAGGGAAGGGAGCCGUGUUCAAAAGUUCAGUUGUUUGUGGAGGGAGAAAGUGGUUCGCGUUUUUCCGCGGAUGGUAUAGUUUCGUGAAGGAAAAAAAAGUGAAGUCAAAAAAGAGAGUAAAAUAAGCUAGCUCAGCCAGCUAAGAGGAGGCGCGACACGACAAUGUCACGGCGCAUAAAUCUGAUCGGGGUUUGCGCCGUCAGUGGUCUGUGCAUUUUGCUACUCUUCGCCAGCCAUCGGCUCACGGCCAACAGCUACACGACCGAGUACUUCAAACCGCGGGAACGGAACGCCAAUCUGCGGCUGCUAAAUGCACACAAGUACUACGGCACAAAAUCAUUCAGUGCAAACGCAGUAGACGAUGGAUACCAUCCACUUCCAACUCCUCACAAUUCCUCCAUCUCGAUCGAGGACAUCCUCAACUACCAGCGGUCCCGGAUAGCGGACGAAAUGUCCGAGUUCGAGUACCCCAACGGGCUAUACGGCAACGAAGCCUCCAAACUGUCGGACCUUACGCCGGAAACUGGCGGUCAACCAGUGCGAAGUAUUAUAAUCACAACCUGGCGGUCGGGAUCCACCUUUCUCGGGGACAUCCUGAACUCGCUACCGGGUAACUAUUAUCAUUACGAACCGUUGCUGGACUUUGACAUAGUUCAAAUCAGGGGUCCGCCAAACGGUCGGAUAGCGAUACAUAACCUAAAACAUCUGCUCACCUGUGAUUACACGGAAAUGGAGAGCUAUCUGGACUUUGGUCGAACUCACAACUAUCUGUUUACGCAUAACACCCGGUUGUGGCGCCACUGUCGACUGUUUCCGCACUUUUGCUACGAACCAAAGUUCCUGGGACCGUUCUGCAAGUUGUUCCCGCUACAGAGCAUGAAAGUGGUUCGAUUGCGGGCGUCCCUGGUGACGCCGCUGUUGGAGGACGAAAGCCUGAACAUACGAGUCAUCCUGCUGAUCCGGGAUCCGCGGGGCUCGCUACAAUCCCGAAAGCACCGGGUGUGGUGUCCUGGGCAGCCCGAUUGUGACCACCCACCCACGGUUUGCAAUGACAUGCAGCUGGAUUACGAGGCGGCUAUCGAGCUGACCAAACGAUUUCCCACCAGGUUCAAAGUCGUCCGGUACGAAGACCUCUCGCUCGAUCCGUACAAACAGACCAAAGAAAUCCUCAAAUUCUACGGUCUGCCAUUCGAUCCGUCUGUGGAGGCAUUCCUGGACACCCACACGAAGCUGAACCUCGGCGGAGUUAGUUCGACCUUCCGGGAUUCCAAAUCGGCCCCCUUCCACUGGACCAAGGAUCUAACAUUCGAUGAGGUGAAAGUAAUCCAGGACAGCUGCGUCGAGGCGAUGAAAUCCUGGGGCUACAAAAACGCCACCAGUCUGAAGGAACUGGUCGAUUUCAAUCCGUUGCUCCCGUAUAGCGUUUCGUGAGAUCCGACACGCGGUCGGUAGUACAGCUUAAGGUCCGAAGACAUAUAGAUACCUUAGAAAAGGAAACCAGCAUCGGAUCAUUGGAUAAUGUACUUGUUCGUUCUAAACGGAAAGACAGUGUAUAGAAAAAAAAAUAAGCGUCUGUGAUGAACUCUAGGUAAAUUUAGUAUUGAAAUAAGCUUAAUAUCAGACGUCAGCUGAGCCGUUCUACCGAAAAGCUUUCUGAAUGCUAAACUAUAAAUGACUCUUUGAUAGGGUGGUAAAAACUAGCAGGUGGAGAACCACAUAUGUAGGUGGAAAAGUUCGACUUUUUUAAAUUUUUAUUUAAAAAAAUACAUUUUCUUGUUGAGAACUUGCUAAGCAAUCAUGGAAAACCAGUGUUACAGUUAUAUUUUUCAGUGAAUACCUUUGAUGAGUAUGUGUUGAUUUAUAUAAAAUGUUUCUAAAUUGAGCACAAAAAUUAAAUUUGAAAACCUUGACGAUUUUUUUUUCUUUUGGUAUGUGUGCAGAACACAGUAUAAAUAAAACAAUCAUUAUUGAACUCCGACGUUUUUUUUCAAUUAUUGCUCGAAAUGUAUACUACUCCAUCAAUCAAAAUUGAAGGUACAAACUAAGAUUUAGGCAGUUAAGAUGUUUGAAUAAAAAUUUUUUAAUCAUUACUGAACGCUUUAGAGACUAGAAUAUGUUCCUCACUGAGAAUUUUAAAUUUGAUUAGCUAUAACUCGAAAAACACAUUCAUGAGUUUUUUGUUUGCGAUCAAAAAUAUUUUACUGUUAUAUCAAAACUUCAAGCAGGUUUUAUAUUUUCAGCGUUCUUAACUGCCUAAAGGAUAAAAUUUCAUAUAACUUAAAGCAUGUUUUGAGACAUCAUGUUUCCAGUUUCGUCUGAACUCCAGAUGGUUAAAAAUAAAACGGAAUUGGAAAUCUUGUGCGACAUAUCCAUUUUUAGUAAUUUUUUAAUUAUUUCUAAUAACUUCAUCGGAUAAAUUGAAGGAUGGAGAACCCUAUUUUCACUAGCGUAGGUAAGAAUGUGUAUAAUGAACAUCAAAUUCAAUGCAACAUAUCGUUUCAAUUUUUCCUAUUUGUAGAAAUCGACUCAGUGUUUAUAUUUUAAUCCAAAAUAAGACUAUCUAAAAACCCACAAUAAUAAAGUUAAACUAGCACUCGAACAAAUUGAAUUGCUGACCGAAAUGUUCAGAUAUUAAGCAACGCAUUAUACGGUUGAUAUCUAUAGUAAAAAUAACAAACAUAUAAAAUUCAAUAGAAUUUAUCAAUUUCAAACGAAUAAAAAUGCGGGACUCCAGCAAAGCUAGGAAUAGUUAGUUAGGUGUAGGUUAUCAACAGAAGACAUACUUUCCAAGUGUACUACGAAGAAAAAUUACACGACACUACUUAAAAAUAUAUGCAAGUAAUUAGAGUGCCUUUCAAUCUGAUGCAAAUAUAAGUCAUCGCACGCGCAUUAACUAACUAGACAUAUACAGUAGGAAUAUUUCACCAAUUUAUGAAAUUGCAAACCAAACUCCUCUUACACGGAACACGUUUUCGGAAUUUUUACUCAUGAAAUUCAUACAAAAAAAUAGCGAAACAAAAAUACUUCCCAAAAGCAGAUUCUCGUUAGGCGUGGAGCUACCUACUUAACAUAAAAAGAAAUAAAAUCCGUCAAUAUCCUGCAGAAAAUGAACACGAAAGCGAAAUAAUUUAUACUUUAAAGAUGAUAACUUGUUCUAAGCUAAAAAUAAAAUUUAAUAACACAGAAGCAUUUAGGGACAGAAUCCAAAAAAAAAAUCUAUAAUCAGAUUUACGAUAUCCCUCAGUAGAGCAGUAAACUCACUAGAGUCUAAGUCUAGAACGGUAGCAAACCAUAAUCGCGUAAACAGCUUAUUUAUUGAGUAGCAAUAAUAAAAACCGAACGGGAACCUUAAACCCUAAAGACAAAAUAACGGAAAAAUUUAUAACAUCGGGCGUUGUGAAACCAUCGGCGACGCACUAAGCUCUGUUGUAGCUCAACAAACAACUGCAGAGAAUUGAG